AUGAAGAUAGAUUUACAGAAAGCCUAUGAUAUGGUGAAUUGGGAGUUCUUACAGGAGGUGCUAGUAGGUUAUGGAUUUCCCUCUGAUUUUGUGCAUAUCAUUAUGACUUGUGUAACUUCUACUUAUUUUACUGUCAAAGUUAAUGGAGAGGGUCAUGGUUAUUUCCCAGGAAAGAGAGGCUUAAGGCAAGGAGAUCUAAUCUCUUCUUUGCUUUUUGUCUUGAUCACGGAAUACUUAUCAAGGACUUUAAAGAGCAUGAGUGAUUUGCCUGACUUUAAGUUUCAUCCUAUGUGUACAGAUUUGAGACUAACUCACUUAGUCUUUGCUGAUGAUCUCAUGAUAUUCUGUAAAGGGGACUUGAAGUCUGUAACAAGAGUGAUGGAAGCUCUCAAUCACUUUAGUUCUACCUCAGGGUUGGUAGCAAAUUUGGAGAAAUCUAGUAUCUUUAUUGUUGGGAUAAAGGAUGAUGAGAGUGCUGCAAUUUUGGAAAACACUGGAUUCUCAAUAGAGGUUUUCCUAUCAGCUGAUUCAAAACUAUUAGGCAAGUAUUGUUGGAUUGGCUUGGAAUUCAUCUCCUGCAAGGGAAUGUACAGCAAGUCUUUCAUAGUAUUCAUAGGAAACAUUGGAAAUGCUUUCAGAAGAAGAUCAUAG